CCAAAGGUGUCGGCCGGCUGCUGGGCAGGCCCUGCGGCGGAGAGCAUGGCCUCUCUAGGGGCCCCCGCGCCUCAGCCAGAGUUACCGGAGCAGAACUGCGAGUACCGAGAGGUGCAGUACUGGGACCAGCGCUACCGGAGCGCUGCCGACUCUGCUCCCUACGAGUGGUUCGGGGACUUUUCUUCCUUCCGUGCCCUCCUAGAGCCGGAGCUGCGGCCGGAAGACCGUAUCCUCGUGCUAGGCUGCGGGAACAGUGCCCUGAGCUACGAGCUGUACCUUGGGGGCUUCCCUGAUGUGACCAGUGUGGAUUACUCAUCAGUAGUGGUGGCUGCCAUGCGGGCUCGCUAUGCCCAUGUGCCCAAGCUGCGCUGGGAGACCAUGGACGUGCGGGCGCUGGGCUUCCCCAGUGGCUCCUUUGACGUGGUGCUUGAGAAGGGCACACUGGAUGCCCUGUUGGCUGGAGAGCAGGAUCCGUGGACCGUGUCCUCUGAAGGUGUCCACACUGUGGACCAGGUGCUGAGUGAGAUGGUGGAGUACAAACGGGCCACGCUGCGGGAUGAAGACGCUCCCGAGACCCCCGUAGAGGGCGGGGCCUCCCCGGACGCCGUGGAGGUGGGAUUCCGGAAGAGGACAAGAUACUUCUUGAGCUCGCGCACCCAGCUGGAGCUGGUCUUGGCAGGUGUCUCUCUACUGCUGGCUGCACUGCUUCUGGGCUGCUUUGUGGCCCUGGGGGUCCAGUACCACAGAGACCCAUCCCACAGCACCUGCCUCACAGAGGCCUGUAUUCAAGUGGCUGGAAAAAUCCUGGAGUCCCUGGACCGUGGGAUGAGCCCCUGUGAGGACUUUUACCAGUUUUCCUGUGGAGGCUGGAUUCGGAGGAACCCCCUGCCCGACGGGCGUUCUCGCUGGAACACCUUCAACAGCCUGUGGGACCAGAACCAGGCCAUACUGAAGCACCUGCUUGAAAACACCACCUUCAACUCCAGCAGUGAGGCUGAGCGGAAGACGCAGCGCUUCUACCUAUCCUGCCUGCAGGUGGAGCGCAUUGAGGAGCUGGGAGCCCAGCCGCUGCGAGACCUCAUUGACAAGAUCGGUGGUUGGAACGUUACUGGGCCCUGGGACCAGGACAACUUCAUGGAGGUGCUGAAGGCAGUAGCAGGGACCUACAGGGCUACCCCCUUUUUCACUGUCUACGUGAGCGCCGACUCUAAGAGUUCCAACAGCAAUGUUAUCCAGGUGGACCAGUCUGGGCUCUUUCUACCCUCUCGAGAUUACUACCUAAACAGGACUGCCAAUGAGAAAGUGCUUACCGCCUACCUGGACUACAUGGAGGAGCUGGGCAUGCUGCUGGGUGGAAGGCCAGCCUCCACACGGGAGCAGAUGCGGCAGGUGCUGGAGCUGGAGAUACAACUGGCCAACAUCACAGUGCCCCAGGACCAGCGGCGGGAUGAGGAGAAGAUCUAUCACAAGAUGAGCAUUGCAGAGCUGCAGGCCCUGGCUCCCUCGAUGGACUGGCUGGAGUUCCUGUCUUUCUUACUGUCACCGCUGGAGCUGAGUGAUUCUGAGCCCGUGGUGGUAUAUGGGAUGGAUUAUUUGCAGCAGGUGUCAGAGCUCAUCAACCGCACGGAGCCAAGCAUCCUGAAUAACUACCUGAUCUGGAACCUGGUGCAGAAGACAACCUCGAGCCUGGACCGCCGCUUUGAGUCUGCGCAAGAGAAGCUGCUGGAGACCCUCUAUGGCACCAAGAAGUCCUGCAUGCCAAGGUGGCAGACCUGCGUCUCCAACACGGAUGACGCCCUUGGCUUCGCUUUGGGCUCCCUCUUUGUGAAGGCCACGUUUGACCGGCAAAGCAAGGAAAUUGCAGAGGGGAUGAUCAGCGAGAUCCGGACGGCCUUUGAGGAUGCCCUGGGACAGCUGGUUUGGAUGGAUGAGAAGACCCGCCAGGCGGCCAAGGAGAAAGCAGAAGCCAUCUAUGACAUGAUUGGUUUCCCAGACUUCAUCCUGGAACCCAAAGAGCUGGAUGAUGUUUAUGAUGGGUAUGAAGUCUCUGAAGAUUCCUUCUUCCAGAACAUGUUGAAUCUGUACAACUUCUCUGCUAAAGUGAUGGCUGACCAGCUCCGCAAGCCUCCCAGCCGGGACCAGUGGAGCAUGACCCCCCAGACAGUGAAUGCCUACUACCUUCCAACCAAGAAUGAAAUUGUCUUCCCUGCCGGCAUCCUGCAGGCCCCCUUCUACGCCCGUAACCACCCCAAGGCUCUGAACUUUGGUGGCAUCGGUGUGGUGAUGGGCCACGAGUUGACACAUGCCUUUGAUGACCAAGGGCGCGAGUAUGACAAGGAAGGGAACCUGCGGCCAUGGUGGCAGAAUGAGUCUCUGGCAGCCUUCCGGAAUCACACAGCCUGCAUGGAGGAGCAGUACAGCCAGUACCAGGUCAACGGGGAGAAGCUCAAUGGCCGCCAGACACUGGGGGAAAACAUCGCUGACAACGGGGGGCUUAAGGCUGCCUACAAUGCUUACAAAGCGUGGCUGAGAAAGCACGGGGAGGAGCAGCAGCUGCCAGCUGUGGGGCUCACCAACCACCAGCUCUUCUUUGUGGGAUUUGCCCAGGUGUGGUGCUCGGUCCGCACACCCGAGAGCUCUCACGAGGGGCUGGUGACCGAUCCCCACAGCCCUGCCCGCUUCCGUGUGCUGGGCACUCUCUCCAACUCCCGUGACUUCCUGCGGCACUUCGGCUGCCCUGUCGGCUCCCCCAUGAACCCAGGGCAGCUGUGUGAGGUGUGGUAGACCUGGGUCCAGGGAGAAAUGGCUGGCUGUUGCCAGGGCCUGGGGCAGCUCGCCCAGCAAGGCUGUUUGCUCCAGGGUUUGGAGAAGGCAAAUGCCAGCCGGGCUGGGUCCAGCCCCUCCACACCACAGGUGACAUGAGUCCCAGUCCCUCCUCAACCACCACAUCGUGCCUCUGCUUUGGAGGUACCCCUGCCUCCAGCAGAGCCCCCACCAUUCACUGUGACAUCUUUGCAUGUCACCCUGCCUGGAGGAGGCCUGGGUAGGGGGCCCCAGCUCCCACAGGAAUGAGUCCGCCUCCUCUGGUUCCAAGCUCCCUCAGCUUGGUGGCCAUAGGGCCUGCUGUGCCUGCCAUACUCUGAUCAGGCAGGGCCUGGGUGGUGUGCCUCCCACACUUCUCCCUGAGGCUCACUCAGUGCUCACUUAGGAGUGGACUCAGCUCCUUUCAGCCCCACCCUCAGGGGCUGCCCCCACCCCAUGUUCCUCAUGCUGCUGCUUCCAACACUGCUGCCAACCCUCAUGACAGACCACCUGUGCUCAGCUCUUAGUGGAAGUCUGAGGGCCUUCCCAAGCCUUCCUGCUGCCUCCCAGUUUCCCUGGGCUCAGAGGGGAAGUGUGUACGUGUAGGGGAUACUAGUUCCUGUGUCCUGGGGUGCAAGUCUUAGGGGGUGACUGAUCCUCCCUGGACCAAACAGGAAAGUACAGCAGGGAGAGGGAAGGACAGAGUUUAUUUUUACAGGGAAGAGGGUGGGGAGGGAGUGGUCUUGGCCCUGUAGGACCCUGUGCCAAUAAAUAGACACGCAUCAGUCA